AUGCCAGUAAAGAGACAAAAUCACGGUCGUAGCAAAAUGAAUCGUGGCUCAGUCAGCACAGUCCAAUGCAUCCAAUGCGGCCGCGUCUCGCCCAAGGACAAGUCUGUUUCGCGCAGCAGCAACAGCCCCGUGGUCGAGGCUGCCUCGAUGGACGAUCUCCGCCUUGCGACAGUCUACGCCGAGCCAGACGUGCCAACCUUCUUCAACAUCGACACGUAUUGCAU